GUAAAAACAAAAAAAAUGUAAAAAAUGAACAAAAUGCCAGUCAUAUAAAAUUCAUUUUUUUUUUUGUAAAAUAGUAAAUUAUUUUAUGUUCUGUUAUAUUGUAAUGUCUUGCAAUACAACAACAGACUUAGAUUCAUAUUUAAACAGCAUCAUGGGUAUGUUUUGGUGCGGAUUUAACGGGUUCAACCAAUUGAACAUUGAAUCGAACGUCAACUGGGAUUUUCAUGCUUAUGGCAACAAAGCAGAUUAUGGUGAAAUUCUGCAAGUGGAUUUUUCUUGGAGCACUGCUUCAAUUUUAACAAGUUCGGGUAAAAUUCUUGCGAGUGGUCUCAUAAACAAAAAAAUUACCAAUUUUGAAGUAUUGGACGAUUUAGGAUAUGGUCCUUUUAAAUCUAUUUCUUCAUCUGAAUCGAAAAUAUUAGCUAUUGAUUUAAUUGGCAAUUGUUGGUCAUAUUCAAAAUGUAAUGGCGAGUGGAAAAAUAUUACUCCAAUAUUACAAAGAGAAAAUCAUGUCUCUAUAUCCAAAAAUCAAAACCGACCAUCUAUAAAUUAUACAUGCUGCAGUGAUACAAUCCAUCUAGCAGUUACACAUAAUGUUAUUUUAUUUUUAGAAAUAUAUUCAAUUCCUACCAGAAUAUUUGAUUCAAAAUUCAAAGUCGCUCAAGUAGUUUGUGGUUUUGAGCAUAUUGUUAUUUUAAUGGAAACUGGGUGCUUAUAUACACAAGGAUCCAGUAGCCGAGGUCAAUUAGGUCAUGGUGAAUUAAAUGAAGAAAAUCAUCCACGGCUUUUGAAAUCUUUAGAUGGUAUUCGAGUGAUUAAUACUUCUGCAGGUGGUUGGCAUACUGCUGCAAUUACAGAGUAUAAUGAUCUUUACAUGUGGGGCUGGAAUCAUUCUGGGCAACUAGGAAUUUCAAAUUCCCCAGAAAAUGGUGGUAUAAUAAUGGCUCCAGAACCUGUACUGAUUAAUUGGGCUGAAGAGACAGAUAUCGAACAAGUGAGUUUGGGGGCAAGACAUUCGAUGGUUCUAUCUAAGAACAAUAUACUUUGGGGUUGUGGGUGGAAUGCUCACAAACAGCUUGGUAUCGAGACAUACCAACUAACUUGUGACCGAAUGAUUAAUUUGAGUAAUUUAUCACCAUUGCUAAAAUGCAAUGUAAGAAAAAUCGUCAAAGUAGUAUGUGGCGCAUGGAAUAGUGCCUUGCUGUUAGAUGAAUGACAAUUUACCCCACAAAAAUAACAUUUUACUAAGAGA